AUGACAAAACCUGCCAUGUCUACUGCAGCCGGCGCCAACACCAACAUGUCGGGGCUCUCAUUUCUCAUCCGCUUCAGCCAGGCCCAUGAGACAUUCCGCGUGCCUGAGCUGCAGGCCCUGGCCGAGGUCGAGCAGGUCCCUGUCACCAUUGUCUCGUACAGCAGCCAGGUCCCCUUCUGCAUCGUGACCGGGCCCCCAGACCAAGACGCAGCAGCCCGCCUGGUCCGUCGCUCCAUCCUCACCCAGGCCAUCUUCGAGUACUGGGGCUCUGGAGACAGCCUGCAUGACCUGCACGAGGCGGUCAAGGCCCGCUCCGCCCAUCUGUGGGAGCAGCUCGCCGACGACUCGUGGAGGUUCAACAUCGACUCCUUCCAGGGCAACCGCAGCGGUGCCUCACGCCGCGACAUCAUGAACUCGUUCAGCUACAUGCCUCUGCGCGGGCCCAUCAGCUUGAAGCACCCCGUCCAGGAGUACACCGUCUUUGAGGAGUGGCCCAGCGAUUCUCCGCGCCUGGGCAUCCUCAACCCGGCCCGCUUCCACUUCGGCCGCCUCCUCGGCAGGGGUGCCCGCGACAUGGUUGCCCGCUUCGACCUCAAGAAGCGGCCCUACAUCUCCACCACCUCUAUGGACUCGGAACUCGCCCUCGUCACCGCAAACAUGGUCCUCGCCGCCCCGGGGAGGCUCUUCUAUGACCCUUUCGUCGGUACCGGCAGCUUCCCCAUAGCGUGCUCCGCCUUUGGCGCCCUGAGCUGGGGCAGCGAUAUCGACGGCCGCGCCGUGCGCGGCUCGGGCGCCGAUGCCAGGGCCGAGGCCAAGAGGGGCCUGAUCAAGGGAGAAAAGACUCUCUACGGCAACUUCAAGCACUACGGAAUCCUCGACAGGCUGGGGGACGUCUUCACCUCGGACCUGACAAACUCACCCCUGCGGCGCCUGCCCUUCGGCUCGGCCGGCGAGGGCGGGAGGGCGCGCAUCUUCGACGGUAUCGUCUGCGACCCGCCGUACGGCGUGAGGGAGGGCCUGGUGGUGCUCGGGUGUCGGGACCCUCAGGCGCGGCCGUGGGUCGUUGAGGCCGGUCACGAGAGGCUCAAUGACCCCGACUUCGUGCCGCCCAAGAGACCCUACAGCUUUCUCGCCAUGCUCAAUGAUAUCUUGCACUUUGCGUCCGAGGCCCUUGUGGACGGCGGACGGCUGUCGUUCUGGAUGCCGACGGCCAACGACGAGGACCAGGAAAUCCCGCCGCCAACCCACCCAUGCUUGGAGCCUGUUGCCAUCUGCGUGCAGCCCUUCAAUAAGUGGUCUCGCAGACUCAUCACAUACCGUAAGCUCCCGGACCAGUCCGUCGCCGGGUCCGAACUGGAAUCCUGGAAGGCGGCGGCACAGAGACAGCCCGUGGGCACCACUGCUGACGAACUCAACCCCUUCAGGAAGGGUUACUUCAACAAAUUUCAGACGGAUACCUCAUGA